AUGCCUUCAACAGAUGCGAUACAAAUGGAGCCUAUUAAUAAAUUUGAUUUUAAAUGGAGACAGAUGCCAAACCCUCAGAUUCCACCACAAUUGAGGAGGGAGCAUUUUAUACAAAAUAAAGGGCCAACUCGGGCAUAUGUCGAUCCAUAUGAUGCAUUUGUUGCUAUUUGGGAUCGCCCAAUUAUGGAGCAUAUUGUUAGAGAAACAAAUAAAUAUGCAGAACAGCUUUGCGAGGCAAUGAUCGUCCAAGGCAUUGCCCCGAAUAGCCGGAUUACAAAGUGGGUGGAUACCUCGGUAGAUGAGUUAUACACCUACUUUGCGAUAAUACAAGCCACCGGUAUUGUAAUAAAAUCCCGCUUGGAAGAGUAUUGGUCAACAUCAGCCAAUAUUUUUAUCACCCCUGAAUUUUCGGCCGCAAUGUCUUAUGACCGUUUUUGUCUUCUGAACAAAUGCCUACAUUUUAAUGACAAUGCUUUAUGUUCGACGGAAAGAUUAAACAACAGUGAGGCGAAAUUACAUAAGUUGCAGCCAAUAUUGCAGCAUCUUAAUGACAAAUUCACUUCACUGUACAUGCUAGGGCAAAACAUUGCACUUGAUGAAAGUUUGACGAUGUGGAAGGGUCGCUUAAAUAUUAGGCAGCACAUCCCAAACAAAGCAGCGACAGUAGGCAUCAAGACGUACGAAAUAUGUGAAUCUCAGACGGGAUUCCUGUGGCGUUUUGAGGUAGAAGCACGCCAAGCCUCCACGAGCGAAGAAAAAACAAAUCCGCUGUCAGGGAAGAUACCGACUUUGGUGCUUAGGCUUUUACGAGGAUUAGAGCACAAAGGACACACUGUCUGGAUGGACAACUUCUACAAUUCCCCUACUCUUGCAAGAGAGCUCAAAGUACAGGGGUUCGACUGCGUCGGAACUCUGAGGACUAACCGCCAAUAUGUACCUGCUGAGUUGACAAAUUUACAACUAAAAGACAUGGCCGUUGGUCAAGUUUGUGGAUGCACCUCUGGGGACGUCGAUCUAAUUGUGUGGAGGGAUAAAAAGCGAAUAGCUCUUAUAUCUACUUACCAUGGCUUAACUACAGUGGAGGAUGCAGACACAAUUAAGCCUGCUUUAAUAGCUGACUACAACAUUUGCAUGGGGGGAGUCGAUAAAAAGGACCAAAUGCUUGCCAUGUACCCCAUAGAGAGAAACCGAAAUAGAAUCUGGUACAAAAAAUUUUUUAGAAGACUUUUAAACGCUAGCACAUUAAAUGCAUUCAUUUUGCUUAAGGCAUUCAAACAAUUUACUCAUAGGCAAUUUAGGCAAACAUUGGUGUUACAGUUAUUAGAACGCCAUAACACUAACAGAAGUCGCAAUCGACCUGCUUUACUAUCCCAACGGCAUGUGCCGCAACACUUUGAGCGACCCGCCGCAGGGUCUAAUGACACUAAGCGUCAUCUUCGACGCAAAUGUGUUGUUUGCUCGAAAAGAACGACAACUUUCUGUGAAGGCUGUAGUGGCAAGGCUCUUUGCGUACCUAAAUGCUUUUCUCAGUAUCAUGAAUAACUUGUGCUUAUUUAUGACAUUGUGAGAAUUUGGUAGAUAAUUGUCUGUGGUAAUACAAACACAAAAAAUGGAGUGUAUGUCUCUAUAAAAUAAAUAUACUUACUUACUUUAUUGCGUAAGAGAACGGUAGACCUAUAGAGCAUUGUCAUUAGUUUUAAUUAAGUUAGACGUAAAUCGACCUAUUGUUGUUCUGUUAAUGUUCUCAUAUUUUUAUACUUCGUCGGUGGCUAACAAGCGUACUACCCGCCUGGUGUUAUCCAGAUUUAGCAAGCUAUGUACUACUACAACCUCCCAAAGACUCUCAAGGCUUGUUGCUGUGAAGAUUGGCCGUGUUGAAAGCGAGAUGAACAAAAUGUAACACAUAAUAUUAUUAUCAUUUUUUAGCCAUUUUUAAUUAUAAUAAUAUUUUUAAAUUUUUAAUAAAAAAAAUUUGGGAUACUUGUUUGUUGCUUUGCCUGUUUACAAAACUUAAUAACAACCAGCCCCUGCUUCUUCUUGUUAGCUCAAGUAUUAGCCCCUC